AUGCCGGUGCCCGGCGCGCUCGCGCCGCUGGCGGCCGGCAUGGUCUGGGGCAUGCCCAUGCCCGUCGUGCGCGCGCCCGGCAUCGUGCCGCCGCAGGCGCCCGCCGCGGCGGCGCCGCCGCCGCCGCAGCAGCAGGCGCCGUGGGGCGGCUUCAUGGGCUGCCCAAUGCCGCCGGCGGGCUUCAUGGCGCCGCCGCACCCCUUCAUGAUGAUGCCGGCCCCCGGCAUGUGCGGCCCCAUGCCCGCCUUUCCCGGCGCGUGCUUCGCCCCGCCGAUGCCCUACCCCGGCGCCUGCUACCCGCCGCCGCAGCAGCAGCAGCACUACCCGCACCAGCAGCAGCAGCAGCAGCCCGCCGCCCCCGCCGCCCCGACAGGCGCCGCGGCCGCGCAGGCGCUGGACGCGAGCCUCAUGUCAUUGCUGGGCAGCGCUGAGGACGAUGAUCUAGAAAUGGAUCUGGACGACGUGCUGCAGGACCUGGGGGACCCAGAUCACGCGGCAACGGCAGCCGCCGAGAAGCUGCCGCGCCCCUGCCCGAGCGCCGGCGAGGGCGCGUGCGCGAGCGGCAGCUCUGGCUUCGAGGAGAGCGGCGCGGAGGACGACCUGCUCGGGCGGCGCGGCGCGUCGUCGCCGGGGUCGAUGGCGUCGAGCCAGGGCGCGCCGCCGCGCGGCGGCGGCCGCGGGGGCGAGCACGGUGGCGAGGGCGAGGGCGGCGGCGAUGACGACUUUGAGGGGCUCCUGGGGUCGUGCGGCGGCGGCAAGGGCCUGCACGGGGCCGGCAAGGGCCUGUGCGGCGGGCUGGUCGGCUUCGAGGACGACGAGUGGGGGGACGGCUGCGCGGCGCUCGGGAAGAGCAGCUCCCUGGCUGACCUGCUGGCCGUGGCUUGA